UUUGUCCAGUGAACUUUGGUAAAAAAACACUCCAAAUUGACAUUUUAUUAAAUUUCUCUCGAAUAAUAACAUUUCAAGAAACCGAUGUUAAUGAUCCUUGUCUCCGGCAUUUUUGCAGCGUUGUUCUUGAAUGUGCAGUCAUUUAAUAAAUUUGGAGGAGCUAUUUGCUUGAAAGAGAACCAACUGAAGGCGCUGACCAACGCAACACCAAUUUCCUUUUCAGAUCAAAAUGUUCCUGAGAGCUUUGACACGCACGAUCAUUGGCCAAAAUGUCGAUUAGUUAGACGUGUCAUUACCAACUCAGGAUCAUGAGAUUCGUCUUGGAUUUUCGAAAUAUUCCUGAGUACUUUGACGGUGGGCGUGAAUGGAAACACUGUCCAUCCAUUGCACGUGUCGCCCGCAACUUAGAACCAUGUGACGCGUCUUGGGCAUAUGUUUUAGCAGAAACUUUAACCGAUAGAUGGUGCAUCAUGACAAAGGACGAAAAGAAAAAAUUUCAGUUUUCAGGAAACGAUUUAUUUGAGUGCUGUCCGGACUGUUUUAUUGGACGUUAUUGUAACAGUGGAGCACAUUUAGUCAAAGCAUUACGCUAUUUACAAAAAACAGGUGUUACUACUGGUGCAGAGAAUCGCACCGGCUGUAAACCCAUUAUGCCAGCCCUCUCGAAGAAAGAUGUGUUGGCUAAAGAAUUUUGUCAUAGAUUUUGUCGCAUAUGUUAUAAAAGGGCCUCUUAUAAAAACGACAAGAAAUUUAUGACCAGUCUCAAAUACCUUUUUAAUUUCGUAGGAUCAUCAGCGGAUAAUCUUAAAAAGGAAAUUAUGACUAAUGGUCCAGUAAUAACAUGCAUGAAAGUUAGUGAAAACUUGCUACGCUAUGUGAAUGGGGUGUACGUACCUGCAGAAAACGAAACUAUAAUAGGUAAUCUUGAACACUGCGUCAAAAUAAUGGGCUGGGGGGUCGAGCUUAAUGACGUUCCAUUUUGGUGGGUUGUUAAUAGUUGGGGUCUUCUUUGGGGAGAAGAUGGAAAAUUCAAGUUUCCACAAAACAGCACUAAGCUAGGAUUUGGCGGAGUUGCUAUAGCGCCUAUGCCGAAGCCUGACAUGGACUGGCCCGAUGGCGAUGGCGUCCUCUCUUCUGAAUGCAAUAUUUCACUGAACACCAUUUUUUCACUUGAGUAUUCCACAGUUCAAGAAAGGUUUGGCACAGACUUGAUCAAAAAAAUGAUGAUCCUUGAUCCUUGUCCAGGCAUAUUCUUGAAUAUUGUGCAACCAAAAGAUCAAUCUGGAGGAGUUAUUUCCUUGAAAAGGAACCAAGUGGACGAGGUGGCCAACUCAACACCAGUUUCCUUUUCAGAUCAAAAAGUUCCUGAAAGCUUUGAUGAAUCUAUCCAGUUCCUUAUAGGAGUUUAUGUUCCUGACGAAAAUGAAAAAAUAGUACUGUUGAACACUGCGACAAAAUAA